UUCCGCGCGGAUCCGUAGUUCCGUUUCUUCGUCUGAAAGUUUGUCACUGUACUUCAGACAUGGCUCGGGCAAAGGUCUGUCUUCGAGUCGUUUUUCUCGCGGUCCUUUUGGCGCUGCUCCUCGCAGAAGGGGACGGUAUUUUCCGCCGCCGUCGCCGCAGACAUUGCUCGUGCGACUGGAGUGCUUGGGGGUCGUAUUCUACAUGUUCUGAAGCGUGCGGAGGGGGAACUCAGCAUCGAACGAGAACUCGGAACUCUUGCUGUGGAUAUCCAAGCCAGGAGACCCAGUCGAGCACCUGCAACACCCACAGCUGCUGCAGCUGCACCUGGCGUCCUUGGAGCACCUGGAGCAGCUGUUCGCGCACAUGUGGCGGAGGAACGAUGACUCGAACCCGACAUCGUGACUCCUGCUGUUCUCCCAGCUCUGACAGUGAGACCAUGUCCUGUAACACACAGCCGUGCUGCUCCUGUGAGUGGGGGAACUGGUACCCAUGGAGAGUCUGCUCAAAGACCUGUGGAGAAGGAACGAUGACCCGAAGCAGACAUCGUGACUCCUGCUGUUCUCCCAGCUCUGACAGUGAGACCAUGUCCUGUAACACCCAGCCGUGCUGCCGGUGUGAGUGGAGGGACUGGUCCCAUUGGAGUGCCUGUUCACGGACUUGUGGAGAAGGCCGGCAGACCCGCACCAGGUACCGGGAGCACUGCUGCAACCCAAGUCACCAGGACGACUCCCGGCCGUGUUACAAUCAGCGUAACUGCGAGGAGAAAAGAGGUGUUCCGGGGGCGACCAGUUUGAGCAAGGGGUUGGUGACUCCGGUCGCCGCGGUCCUGGGGGUGUUCGGGAUUGUUGUUACUGGGUUCCUGGUCUUGCGCCGGUACUACUGCCCCAGAAACCCGAACACAGCGGGAAUUCCGUUCGGUUGUACUUCAGACAUGGCGUCGGGAAAUGUUCGUCUUCGAGCCUUUCUCCUUGUUGUGGUGUUUUUGGCGCUGCUUUACACAGAGGGGGAGGGGCGGUCACAGGAUCUUGGCAAAGGGUUCGAGGUUUAUGAGCCUGGGCAUGGUGUUCCUGGGCUGACGUCUCUGGGCACACACGGGGUUCUGAUCGUCCUGGGCGCGUUACUCGGAAUCGCUAUUGCUGGGGCCAUGGCCUGGUAUUGCUGGGCCAAGUGCAGAGUCCAGAAUAGGAUGUAUAGUCUUAUCCUCUGAGUCUUGUCUAUAAGAGGGAAAAUCUAGAAGACCCGAAACGACAUGCACACUACUGUAAAGGGUCGCAGUCCUCAGGACAAUGCAAUUUCAGGGCAGCAAAACCAAAAAUAGAAUAUUCUGGAUAAGAAAAUCUGUGUGAUAUAGACAUUUACUGCCAUAUCUUAGCACAUUUUUGCAAUCAUUUCAUACCUGAAGCAUUUGAAAUAGCCCCAAAACAA